AUGAACUUCCUUCGAAAUCUUCAUUACUUCAUGUCGAAGUGUCUUCUUAUAUUCCUAACUUUUACCUGUGGAGUGCUCUAUUUUACCUCGGUUGCUCUACCAAAUAACUCCGGAAAUUAUGUGAAUCAUUCAAAUGCGGGCUUCAAUAAUCAAUUACUGGCAACUUAUCAAAUUGAAUCGACACAUUUCUUUCCUCAUCUUCCUAUACAAAUUUAUACGACAAAUCGUCAGAAGUUUUUACAAUUAAAGAAUCCACGGAAACAAAUCAUUCUACUCGCCAAUUCGUUCUUCGGCGAUCCCCAAUGGGAAAUUUCAUCACUCAAAAAUCGUACUAAUUCAGGAAACAUGUCGGAAAUAUUGUGUGCAUUUCUAAACAAUCACUGUGAAAUAACCAAUGACAUGGAUCGUUUUCACGAAGCGGAUGCUGUCGUUUACCAUGCAGCUGAUAUGAUCAAUCGGUCAGACGAUAAAUUGCGAACUCGACGUCAGUCACAACGAUUCGUUUUCGCACUAUGGGAAUCACCUAAGCAUCAUCACAUAUACGAUUCCUAUAAUAAUUUUUUCAAUUGGUCAAUGACGUAUCGGUUAGAUUCACACAUAGUCACUCCAUACUACACUCAAUACGGCUAUCGUUCGAAAGACUAUCAACUACCGAUCGAAGAAAAGUUUGAUUCUCGCCCAAAAAGUGUUCUUUUCAAAAAUAUAAACCCGACGCAAAAGCUGGGUACAGCUGCUGCAUUAAUUAGUAAUUGUGAUGUGACUACGAACAAACGUCUGGAAUUAAUCAAGGAUUUAGAGAAGUAUAUCGAUGUGACAAUCUAUGGUCGAUGCGGCCAGCCAUGUCCCAACUCAACAACACAUGACAGAAACGCUUGUCGCGCUUAUCUGGCUGAACGCUAUUAUUUUCUAUUGGCUUUCGAAAACAGCGUCUGCGAAGAUUACGUCACUGAAAAACUGUUUGCAACACUGCUAUUGCCAAUCGUGCCUGUUGUCUAUGGUGGAGCUAAUUAUACACGUUACCUACCAGAGUCAGCGUUCAUAGAUGCUCGAAAGUUUCCAUCAAUGAAGGAACUCAGUCAACGAUUGAUUCAAAUACGAAACAAUGUUACGUUUUAUCGAGAAUACUUUCGGUGGAAAGAGAAUAUGAUUUGGGAUGGCUUUACGAACUUUUUCACACCGUUUUGCGAUCUAUGUCUUCGCUUACAUCUGGACAAUACAUCAAAUAUUAUCGAAAAUAUCAAUCGCUGGUGGACGAAAGAUCAAUGUAUAUAA